UGGGCGAUCUGGCGCGCACCAAGACGCGCAAGGAGGCCGAGGCUGCUAAGAAAGAGGGCGGCAAGGACAAGGAGAAGGACGACAAGAAGGAGAAGAAGGAAGAGGGCAAGGCCGGUGACAGCCAGUCGGCGCCCGUGUCGAAUAUCGAGGUGCGCGCGCGCGACCACGCAGCCGCCGAGAUGGGCGUCAAGUCUCCCGGCGCCGCAAUCGCCGCCGCCAACGAGUUCCCCUUCUCGCCGGUUGAGGCGAUACGGGGCGGCGGCGUGCCGCAGACGCCGGGCGGCGGAGCGGCGGGCUUCCCGCUGAUCGGCGCGCUGGGCAUGGGCAAGGAGGGCUGGAGCGCCAUGUGCGAUGCGUGGCUCUGCAAGGGCCCCAUCGCGCAGCUCUCCGCUGUCAAGGACGCGCGCGGGCCUGUGGCCACGCCGCUGCUUAGCGAGGCGCCGUCGCCCGCUGCGACGCCUGAGCUGGGCACUACGCCCGACGCUUCACGCGCGGCCAGCCCGACGCCUGGCGCGCUGCGUCUCGACGUGCCGAAGCUCAAGCUGCGGACGGACGCGCUGCUGUCGCCCACCAAGAAGGCCGACACGGCACCGCACACGCCGACCUCGGCGCAGGCCAUCGGCCCCGCUGAUAUGUCGCCGAGCAAGCGAGCGGCGAUGGCGGCUCGCCGGGAUGCUCUGGCCGUGCCGAAGGCAGCGCCAGCGCUGCGGCGCAGCGUCAGCGCCACACGCGUCGACCAGGCGGCCGGGAGCGAUCCCUCGGUGCAGGCGCCCGGCGAGUUCGGCCAGAUACGCAAGGCAGCGCCGCCCAGCAGCGAUGCGGAAGACGAGUCGCCCGAGAUCCCGAACCAGCACCGCCAUCGACACCUGCUGCCCUACCUCGGCCACCACCACGACGGCACGCCGCGCGAGCUGGGUCCGUACGAGCUCGUGAUGAAGGAGCGCUGCAUGGGCAUCUACCAGGCGAUAUAUGUCUUUAGGGGUGCCCUCGACCGGGUGCGCGGCGCGUCGCGCGGGCACGUCAAGAGCGGCCUGCUCGGCGGCCGUGUCGGCAACAAGGGCGCUGUUGGCAUCAGCCUGAAGCUCGGCAUGACGCGCCUGCUCUUCGUCAAUGCGCACCUGGCUGCGCACGAAGGCCGUGUCGCUGAACGCAUCGCCAAUGUCGAGAAGAUCAAGAAGGAGCUGCAGGUCGACACGUUCCUGCCCGAGGGCGAUCCGCGGCGCAACUACCAGGACGUGACGGCCGCCUUCGACCACUGCUUCUGGAUGGGCGACCUGAACUUCCGCGUCGACAUCACGCGCCGCCACGCCGACUGGCUGCUCAUGCAGAAGCGCUACGACCAGGCGCUCGAGUUCGACCAGCUGCGCAAGGUCAUGCGCGAGACCGACACGUUCAAGGGGUUUGCUGAAGCGCCGAUCACCUUCCUGCCAACUUUCAAGUACGACGUGCUCAAGACGCUCAAGUCCAAAAGCGGCGAGCCGCGCCGGCGACUGACGGUGCGGCAGCGCGUGCUGCAUCGCCGAGAGAGCAGCGCCAAGGCGGCUGACGUGGUAAUUGACGAGCCCAUCGCGCUCGGCAUCACGAGCGAGGCAGUAGAGGAUACGGAACGACGCAACUCGACCAUCAGCGGCGGCAGCAGUUCGCAGGCACAUCUGCAAGUGCAGGUCAGGCGCGACGGAGCACCUGCGCUGCUGCAGCAUGAGUCCGACGUGAGCUCGGCGUCUUCCAUCUGCGAGUCUUCACACUUUAGCCAGCUGCCGGACUCGGGCGGCAGCGCGCUCAGUCUCGCAGCCCUGCGCCGGCAGUCUGUCGCGACGGAUGCGGAGCUGGAUGAGCUCCUCACCAACACGACUGCCGCAGAAGGGCAGCUGCUCUCGCACGGCACGGCCAUCAAAGCCAAGAAGCGGCUCAAGGAUAUCGUGCACGCAGUCACCGGACACCGCGACGAGAGCAGCAGUAAGACGCCGCCUGAGCCGCGCCGCAAUGACUCCAAGGGCAGCUCCGUCAGCAGCGCAGGUCCAGCCACGCCACUCGACAUGCCUGCAGAGUCGCGCGAGCUGGGCGCGGGCAUGCGGCCGAGCUCCUCCGCUGGCUCUGUGCGCACCGCUGCGCAGCUCUACGAGGGAGACAUGACGGACUCGCGCCUCUCUUCGUCCUCGCUAGACGAGGAUGUCUAUCCGGAGCGCUUCGUCAAAUCGGCCGAGACUGCAUCAUUGGCCGGCUCGAUCAUUGUCUCGCCCACGUCGACCUCGGGCUCGACCUCUGACCACACGCGCAAGCACUCGCUGCGUCGCCGGCGAAAGCUGGGCCGCCGUCGCUCGCCCGACGCAGCCGCUGCCACGGCGGGCACGACGAACGGCGCCGAGGAUGCGCCAGUGGAAGAGCAGCAGUACGACACGUCUGCCAAGCAGCGCGUGCCGUCGUGGUGCGACCGUGUGCUGUGGCGCAGCAACGUGAAGCCCGAGGAGACGAAGAACCGCAUGGAGCCGAAGCCCUCGCGCGUCGGCACUGUGCUCUCGAACGUGACACAGCAGCUGCGUUCGUCGACUUUCCGCCGAGACGAGCCAACGAGCUCAGCGGCAGGUCCGACCGUCACCUUCGCGCCCACGCCGCGCGUCCCGAUGCGCCAGCCCUCGUACACGACGGGCCAGCCUCUGCAGAGCUCGCCACUGGGAUCGCCAUCCAGCGAGACCAAGGCCAUCGACGUCACGCCGACGGCCACAUCCGCCACUGCGUCGCGCCCGCACCGGCUGCGUUGGUUCGUUGGACGCCACAGCAAGAUGCCGCGCACGCGCACCUUCGACGGCAGCGAAAGCAAGACGGGCAUGACGACGGUGCGCGACAUCGGCAUGCUCCACCGUGCCAGCAGCGCCGUGGACCUGCCGUCGCACAUGCGCGGGCCAGACAGCGGCGGCGCCAGCAUCGAUGGCAUCAGCCGGCGCCCAUCGCUGCCGCGGCGCAGAUCGUCGCUCUCGCGGCGCUUGUCAGGGGCGUCUCGCAGCGGCGAGCGCACUGGCUCGCCGCGCUCUGCCUCGGCAUCGAUGGUGCCGGGCAUUGCCAGUGCUCGCGCACAGAGCUCUCGCUCCUCUAGCCCUGCCGCUGCUGGGACUGCGAGUCCGCCGCGCAUGUCCUUCCAUCGCAGCUCGUCGGGCGACGGGCCAAGAGAGGUCGCUGCCGCUGCAGCUGCGCCUGCUCCCGCCGGCGGCGUCUCGUCUUUGCUCGCGAAUGUAGGCUCAGGACGCCGAACGUCGUGGUGGGCCGAUCGGCUGGUCGCGCACCUGCCCGCGUUCCUGGCGCCUUCGAGCUUCUCGCCCUUCUCGCUCUCGCCGCGGCCGCAAGAGCCGGCCGAGCCUGUGCCGGAGCUGGUGGGACCCAAGCGCGGCGAGAUCCAGUGCCUGCUGUACAAGACGCUCGACGACCGGUGCGUGCUCGCUCUCGACCCAUGUCUGGCGCGUUGCUGACCACGACCGAACACAGGGAGAUGCGCCUGCUAGAGGGCCGCUCUGAUCAUCGACCUGUGAGUCGAUUCGCGGUUGAGCAAGCUACUCUUCCGCUGACACAGUCUCCUAGGUCAUCUGGGUCGGCACCGUCGGC